CCAGAGACUGACAGACACUGUUCACUCAGGAUAUUGUUUUCUACCGAAUGGGGUGAUACUGCCUUCGCUUAAACAAAAGUGCUCUUGCCUAAAGCUGUUUAAGUCCAGUGAAGAUUUUUCUUGUUAUUUUGUACGUGGUGUAAAGCGGACAAAAGAGCACUCAAUAACAUGGCUGAUGUCAGCCAGAACAGCUCCUUUAAUCAAAGCUCAGAAUAUGGAAAUGUCUACAGACCACAGACAGUGUUCAGCGUCUUGACGUUCACCCUGCUGGCCAUGCUUGUGGUGGCAACAUUUUUCUGGAACAUGCUCGUCCUAGUCACCAUUCUUAGAGUCAGAACAUUCCACCGUGUGCCCCACAAUCUGGUGGCCUCCAUGGCCAUAUCUGAUGUUAUGGUGGCUGCUUUGGUGAUGCCGCUCAGCCUGGUGCAUGAGCUAAACGGCCGUCGUUGGAAGUUAGGUCGAGUUCUCUGCCAAGUCUGGAUAUCCUUCGACGUCCUGUGCUGUACAGCCAGCAUUUGGAACGUGACCGCAAUAGCCCUCGACCGUUACUGGUCCAUAACACGGCACCUGGAGUACACGCUGAAGACUCGAAAGAAGAUCUCCAAUGUGAUGAUUGGCUUGACCUGGCUGCUGUCGUCUGUUAUUUCCCUCUCCCCUCUGUUCGGCUGGGGGGAGACGUAUUCAGAGGAGGACAUGGAGUGCCAGGUGAGCCAGGAGCCGUCUUACACCAUCUUUUCCACAUUCGGGGCCUUCUAUCUGCCUCUUUGUGUUGUGCUGUUUGUCUACUGGAAGAUAUACAAAGCUGCUAAGUUCCGUAUCGGAUCAAAGAGGACCAACACCAUCACUCCAGUUGCAGAGGCUGGAGAGGUGAAAGAGGCCUCCAGGCAACAGCCUCAGAUGGUGUUCACGGUACGCCAUGCCACGGUGACAUUCCAGACCGACAGCGAGACGUGGCGAGAGCAGAAAGAGAAACGAGCAGCUCUGAUGGUGGGCAUCCUCAUCGGGGUGUUUGUCCUUUGCUGGAUCCCUUUCUUUCUCACCGAGCUCAUCACGCCGCUCUGCUCCUGCCACAUUCCACCAAUAUGGAAGAGUGUCUUCCUCUGGCUGGGUUACUCCAACUCCUUCUUCAAUCCGCUCAUUUACACAGCCUUCAACAAGAACUAUAAUAACGCUUUCCGAAAUCUCUUCUCCCGACAGCGCUGAGAGGUAUCAGAAAUCUUGGCUUUGCCACAAAUGAAAGUUUAAGCCACCCUUAAGAUUUGGGAAAGUGUGGUUAUCUGAGCUCUUCACAAAGGACAGAUUCACAAAGAAACAGCGCUCAAGGAUGGAGGGAAUGAUGUCUGGGCUUUUACUGUCGGGCAAAGUGAUGACUUGACCCAGUGAUGACAGUAAAGAAUGCUCACCCGAAAUGUCAGUCUGUCCCCUGCAUUAAAUGAAUAUAGACCAUGUCUGGCUUUUGGCUGUCAGUUUAUGUGAGUUUAUUUACAGUAUGACAUAUGAGAUUCAUUUAUUUCAACUACACUGAUUUUAAAAAUUCAUGUGGCUUGUUCAGGAGUAUGAGUAAUGAAAUUACUCAAAAUCCAAAAAAUGGAGAAUCUUGAUAAUAUACACACUACCAGUCAAAAGUUUUUGAACAGUAAGAUUCAGUAAGACGUCUUUUUCUGCUCACCAAGCCUGCAUCCAAAGUACAGCAAAAACAGUACAAUUUUAAAAUAUUUUUACUAUUUAAAAUAACUGUUUUCAGUUUGAAUUAUGAAUAUUUUAAAAUAUUUUACUCCAGUCUUCAGUGUCACAUGAUCCUUCAGAAGUCAUUCUAAUAUGCUGAUUUGCUGUUCAAGAAACAUUUAUUAUUAUUAUUUAUUAUUAACAGUUGAGAUUUUUUCAGGAUUCUUUCAGAAAAAAUCUUUUGUAACAUAAUACAGUAUAUAUUUUUAGCAAGGAUGCCUUAAAGUGAUCAAAAGUGGUGAUAAAUACAUGUAUGAUGUUAUAAAAGAUUUCUAUUUUAGAAAAAUAUAUAUUCAGUUGUUUUUAACAUAAUAACAAUAAAUGUUUUUGAAAAGAAAAUCUGAAUAUUAAAAUGAUUUCUUUUAAAUCAGGCUUGGUGAGCGGAAGAGACUUCUUUAAAAAACAUUAAAAAUCAUCUGUUCAAAAACUUUUGACUGGUAGUGUAUACAGUAGUGCAUAUACUGUAUAUAUAAAUGUCUGUGAAUAAAUACAUAAAGAACUUAGAGAGAGAUUUCAAUGUUUUAACGUGAAGUUUUUUAACAAUUCAGUGUUAAACUUGAAUAAACACUGUCAUUUGAGACUUUUUUGUCUGUUUAAGUUUCAUAAGAUUUAUAAGAAAAUUAUAAAUUAUAAAAACACAUUGUAUUUUUG